AAAAACAGAGUUGCGGUUCUCUCUCUAACAGCCUCUUCCUCUGCUGCUACUACAGCAGAAACACAUACUGCACAAUACUAAUAAAAAAACCGCGAAAAUUGAUAAUUUAAUCUUUGGAGGAACUUAAAACGAAACCCUAGAGCUUAACUAGACACCACAAACUAGAAGAAAAAUUUAGUAAUUAGCAAAACGAUGGCGGUUCGAGGAGAAUCCGGCAUGAAGGCGAUGUCCGUUAACGGAGUUAAAAUCUAUUCUAUUACAUCUCAGCAACAGUCUGUUGCCUCAUGGCUUAAUCCCAAAAAACAACGAGCUCUUCGCAAAGAUAAAGAAUAUCAGAAAAAAGUGGAGUUGCUUGAGGAUUUGAGGUUUGAAACAGCUACGUCGAAAAUUAAAGUUACUCCUGAUGGCGAGUAUAUCAUCUUAUCAGGAAUAUAUCCACCUCAAUUUAAAGUGUAUGAGGUCAGAGAAUUGUCGAUGAAAUUUGAAAGACAUAUGGAUUCUGAGAUUAUUGACUUUCAGAUACUGGAUGAUGAUUAUUCAAAGCUUGCAUUCUUAUGCGCUGAUCGUACUGUUUCCCUGCAUGCAAAAUAUGGGAAACAUUACAACUUGAGGAUUCCAAGGAUGGGAAGGGAUAUCGCUUAUGAUUGCUGGUCUUGUGACUUAUUUUGUGCUGCUUCAUCUCCAGAUCUAUAUCGGAUCAAUUUAGAGCAGGGCCGAUUUCUAUCUUCACUCAACACACAAUCACCAGCCCUGAAUGUAGUUUGUCGGAGCAAGCUUCAUGGGUUGGUUGCUUGUGGUGGUGAGGAUGGUGCUGUAGAAUGUUUUGAUAUGAGAAUGAGAUCUUCAGCUGGUAGAAUUGAUGCUGUUGCACCUGCUGGUGAUGAUGACCAGGAAGUCACUGCAUUAGAGUUUGAUGACGACGGAGGCUUCCUCAUGGCUGUUGGAAGUAGCAGUGGGAAGGUGCUGCUCUAUGAUCUGCGAUCCUCACACCCCAUACGAAUUAAGGAUCAUAUGUAUGGAAGCCCAAUUUUGGACAUUAAAUGGCAUCGUAGUCUCAAUUCUGAACGGGAUAAGCUAAUCACUACAGAUUCCCAUGUAGUCAGAAUUUGGGAUCCAGAGACGGGAGAUGGCAUGACUAGCAUUGAACCUACAGCAGGAAAAAUAAAUGAUAUUUGCGUGUAUAAUGAGAGUGGUCUGAUGCUGCUAGCUUUAGACUGUAGCCAAAUACCAUCUUACUUCAUUCCUUCUUUAGGACCUGCUCCUAAGUGGUGCUCUUCUCUCGAAACUCUAACGGAAGAGCUGGAGGAGAAACCAGAGAUGACCAUAUAUGACAAUUACAAAUUUUUGACAAAAGAGGAUCUUACAAAAUUGAGUUUGACAAAUUUGAUUGGGACCAAUCUUUUAAGAGCCUACAUGCACGGUUUCUUCAUCGAUUAUCGACUGUACAAAAAGGCCAAAGCAAUUGCAGAUCCUUUUGCUUAUGAAGAUUACAUAGAACAGCAGAAGCAGAAGAAACUAGACGAAAUUCAUGCUUCUCGAAUCACGAUUAGGAGAAAAUUACCCAAGGUUAAUGCCAAGUUUGCAGCUACAAUCCUCGAAAAGGAAGAAACUGAGAAUGAAAAGAAGGACGCCGAUGUUGAUGAAACCAAAAGACCAUCCAAGAAAAAGAAAGGACUUGGCAGUGAGAUAUUCAAAGAUGAUAGAUUUGGAUUGCUUUUUGCAAAUGAGGACUUUGAGAUUGAUGAGAAGUCACACGAAUACAUGGCGCUGCAUCCUAUGGCUACCCAGAAACAACCCACUUUGGUAGAGGAGCAUUUUGAACCUAUAAUGGACGAUGAAGACCAGAAUUCAAGUGAUGCUGCGACUUCAGAAGAUGAGCUGGGCAAUGAUAAGAUCAAAAUGAGAAAGACUUCACGAACUCCAAGAUUAUUUGAAGUCAAGGAUGAGAGGCACGCCGAGGCAUUCUGGAAUCGUGAAUCGCUAAAAAAUGAAGAUUCUCUUCUACUAGGAGAAAGGGUGGCAGCUCAAGGUGGUGACCGGAAGACUUCUGGAUUUUCAAAGAAUGUGAAGUUUGGACCAGGAGGAUCACGAGAGAUCUCCUUCAUUUCUAGAAGCUCAGCCAAGUACAAGGAGGAUGACGGGGACAGAGAAAGUCGGGGUGAAAAGAAGCGAGGAGUCCAGUCUUUAGGGCUGAAGUCAGGCAGACCAUCAUUCGGAGGAGGUCGUGGUGGUCGAGGUGGUCGAGGUGGAGGCCGUGGAAGAGGCAGUCGGGGCAGAGGUAGAGGUGGAGGUAGAGGUGGAGGUGGAAGGGGCAGGCGGUAAACAUGCAUUGCGCAAGUUGCAAAUGAUUGUAGUUGUAAAGCUUUAGCUCGACCUGGCAAUUUUAGACACGACGAUGUGUAGUAUUCUCCGAGGAAGCAGGCCGUGAACCAGGUGAACCCCCUGGCUGCUAGGAUUUUGAUGUCAGUCUCUAUCUAAUGCGGCAUGUAAAACAUUUUUGAAAAUUUUGUUUUCUUUAUAGAUUUUUUUAACAGAUUCUUUUAAACAUUUGAUUAAAUAUAAAUUCAUACCAGGUUUCUUGAACACAAGAAGACAGAAUAACAAUAGAUGUAAGUAUUUAUUUAUCUGAGUUUAAUUGUGAUUGGUUAUUUAAUUUA